GCUAUUAGUUUGACUCGUUCCAUCGACCGGUUCGCAGGCGGUUUCCGAUUCUCUGUAUCCCCUGGGCAAUCGUAAAUCGGCCGAUCUAAUCGGUCCAACACGUGCCGGAGUGAACGACUUCGAGUUGCUCGUACCCGUUUCAUUCAGUCCGCUCUUGCCCCACCUUUUCGACGUUGUUCAGAUUUAAGGGAGACCGAGCCCUUGAUUACCGAGAUUGUUACGAGGUUCGCAUUCCGACCGAAAUUUUCUUAUUACGCUUCCGGAAUCGUAGUCUCGAAGUCCUUGUUUGUCACGAUGAUGUUCACCGAGAAGAACGUUAGUCUUUUCCUAAUAACUGCCAAAUGUCUCCUAAUGAUACACUGUGAAACGUCGUGCGUAGGAAAGUCUUUACUGAGAUCCGGUGGUAUAUCGUGUGAAGAGAAGCAGAUUAUCCUGGACGAACACAAUCGAUUGAGGCAACUAGUGGCACUAGGACAGAUACGUGGUCAACCUGGAGCAGCGAAUAUGAUGGAGAUGAUAUGGGACGACGAACUUGCUGCGAUAGCACAAAGAUGGGCAGAUCGCUGUGCCGAAUCACAUGACAGUCUAAGAAAUGUCCGUAGAUUCGCGGUAGGACAAAACAUCGCUCGCUCGUGGACGUUUAGGCCCCCGGGACGUUAUGGCGAUGAGCCGGACUGGAGACGACAAAUUUCUGGUUGGUUCAGCGAGGUACAAUUCUAUCAUUCUGGUUAUAGUACAACGACUGGACAUUAUACACAGUUGGUGUGGGGCAACACCUUCCUGCUGGGAUGCGGAUAUUCAUUUUAUUACGAUCCCGCUCGCGGGUAUACCAAGAAUUACGUAUGCAACUACGGGCCGAGUGGAAACGUAAUUGGUGUAUCACCUUAUCAAUCGGGUCAACCUGCAUGCGACAAUUAUGGAAUGUCAUAUAGCAACAGAUACGCCGGAUUGUGUUCUCGUGGCAGUUAUUAUCAUCUCGGAGCUCUAUGUAUAUAUGGGUAGUAUUACAUGGAUAUUUAUCUGGAGAACAUUAAUUAACAAUGGCAAAUAGUUCUCGCUAAUAGGGCAGUCAGUUGCAAUGUAUAAACUGUAAUUAGUUUCGACGAUGAAGAAACAGCUGAUUUGCUUAUGCGCGAUGUCAAUUUAUAUAAACGACAAUGAGGCAAAUUAUGCUUAUUACCAUGUAAAUAUGUGUCUACGAGAUUGUAAUAUUGAAUUAGUCAAAUGUAGUCAAGGCCGUCGAGAGCGGAUUUCGGUGAAGAAAUUUCUCUGGUCUUUCCUUCUCGCAACCCACUGGGAGCUGACUUCGAAAUCCCUGUAUGCAGAAUUUGUAUUCAUGAUGAAAAAGAAAACGCUAACAAGCAUGCAAAUAUGAAAAAAAGAAAGUUUAUUCUUAAAAAGGAAAUCAAAUUCUUUCAUUGUCUCAAUGUCCAGAGUAAAUUACUCAAAGUCAAAAAAAUUAUUCUCUGAUCAAAAAAUAAUAAACCUUUGUCUGAAAUAUAAUUAAAUAUCAAGCUCGUUCUAAAUUUCUUUACGUUGUUUUUAUCUCGUUCCAACUUAUUGAGAAAAUUAUAUAACAUGCUCACACAGCACACAAGCAUGCACUUAGAAUAUGAAGCACGCUUAAAUUAUUAAAUCAAACAAGUAUUUAUAACUUAAUUCACUUUUAUUAAAAAAUAUGUAUUGGGAAGGUAUGUCUCGUCCAAGAUAAAAUUUAGAAAAAUCUCUCUGGAAAUUUUUCUCCUUUCCUCCCUCCCCCCCCCCUCUCUCUCUCUUGAUCUGUUAAUUUUAGUUCUCUCCAUUCAUCUAGUCUUUAUUUAUAGUCCAUAGAAAUUAGUAAUUAAAAUAAGGUAAGAUAAUAUAUG